AUGGGAGAGAAGAAAGAGCGUAUGAUGGGCUUUCUCAAUCGUCGCCUGACUACGGCACUUGCCGACACAGGGUCUGAUUUGAUGGCCGUGUCUUUAAAGUACGCUCAGCUUCACAAAUGGGCAAUCAGUACGGAACGAGAACAUCGCACGGAAGUCGAGCUCGCAGAUGGCACGAGAGCGUGGACUUGUGGCACUGUCAGUGAUGCUACAUGGACCAUCGGUGAUAGGACUGUCCGAUGCGACUUUCACGUACUAGAUGGUCUUCCUGCAGACGUCAUCUUGAGCAAAGAGUACCUAUUCGAAAUGGAUGUGUUCACAGAGCAUCAGGACUCGUUCUUCGACGUUGAGGCGAUAGAGGAUAUCUCCCUGCUAUGUGGUAUUCGCCUCAUUGAAAAAGAAGCAUUCGACUUGAAUGAGUUGGAAAGAGACUUCCCGCGAACUGUUACAUCGACAUUGCCAGACGCAUUCAACGCCCAGGCAGUCAAGAGAGAGCGCAGGAGGAGAACGCUGGCCGAGAAGAUGAUUGAGGGAUUGCCUGACUCGGAGAGAUCAGAAGCUACCAAAGUUGAAAAAGGCAAAAGAUGCCGUUGGGACAUGGCGAGACUUGGGCAUAAUGACCUUUCCAAGGGACAGCAGCCGUCCCUUACCAGCACGGCUGGUCAAGGCGGCAGUUCUCAGAGUUCUCGGCCAGCUUUAGAGACGAUCCAUCAAAUUCAAAGUAGUGGGCAAGACUCAUUCAAACUCGGGCCUAUAUGA